CCCAGCAUGGCCGACCAGAAGCGCUUGGCCUUCUCCAUCAUCCAGUUCCUGCAGGACCAGCUCCAGCACGGGGGCCUGUCCCCAGAUGCUCAGGAGAGCCUGGAAGUGGCCAUCCAGUGCCUGGAGACAGCCUUUGGGGUCUCCAUGGAAGACCAGGGCCUGGCUGUGUCCCAGACUCUGCCACAAAUCUUUGAAGCUGCUGUAGGGAAGGAGCCUGAGCAUCUCAGGACAAACUCAGAGCCUGUCACCCCCUCUGAAGAUGAUGUAGCUGAGGCUGAAAGGCUCAAGACUGAAGGGAAUGAACAGAUGAAGGCAGAAAACUUUGAAGCUGCUGUGUCCUUCUAUGGCAAAGCCAUUGACCUGAAUCCCUGCAAUGCUGUGUAUUUUUGCAACAGAGCUGCUGCCUACAGCAAACUGGGAAAUUAUGCUGGAGCAGUGAGAGACUGUGAAAGGGCCAUAGGCAUCGACCCCAACUACAGCAAAGCCUAUGGCAGGAUGGGGUUGGCCCUCUCCAGUUUAAAUAAGCACACAGAAGCUGUGGUUUACUACAAAAAAGCCCUGGAGCUGGAUCCAGAGAAUGAUACCUACAAAUCCAACCUGAAAAUUGCAGAGCAGAAGAUGAAGGAGACUCCCAGUCCAACGGGUGGUCCUGGAGGAUUCGACUUGGCUGGUUUGCUGAACAACCCUGGCUUCAUGAGCAUGGCAUCCAACCUCAUGAACAACCCACAGGUGCAGCAGCUGAUGUCAGGGAUGAUCUCUGGUGGCCACAACACCAUGGGGGCCACGGGCACCAGCCCCUCCACCAACGACCUCGCCAGCCUCAUCCAAGCGGGCCAGCAGUUUGCCCAGCAGAUGCAGCAGCAGAACCCUGAGCUAAUAGAGCAGCUGAGGAGCCAGAUCAGGAGUCGAACUCCAAGUGCCAGCAAUGAUUUUUUGGAAUGA